UUCCUUUCGGCAGCUCUCCGGGCGCCCCCUCUCCUGUAUCCGGUGAUCCUCGCUGUUGGAAAGGGGAGGUCUCCUUCCUGCCUGCCGCAGGAGUUGCUUGCUGACCUCUCCAGACAGCAAUGCUAAACAUGGAUGGUGUGUUCAUCUCAGAGACUAAAGCCAAUUCUGUCCUGAAAAGAUAUCCGCGGGCUAAUGGGUUUUUGGAGGAAUUAAAGCAAGGAAACAUUGAACGUGAAUGCUUUGAAGAAAUUUGUAAUAGAGAAGAGGCAAGGGAAGCUUUCGAAAAUGAUGAGAAGACGAUGGAGUUCUGGAAGGACUACACGAAGAGGCUCAAUGGAGAAAUCAAUGGAGGACAUAACUGGUAUCCAUUUUACCUUGUGAUUCCAUUAAUCAUUGGCUUUUUCGUUAUCCUUAUCAUAUUUAUCACAUGGAGGUGCCUGUUCAGAAAGAAAAUGCAUAGACGUUCCAUGUAUGCCCAUAGCAGAACCAGAGAAGUCACAGGAGACAGAACUGUUGCAGAUGGAAGCAGUCCACUUCCUCAGCCACUUAGCAUCCUUCAUUCCCCCCAGGAAGAAAUGUUUGAAGGCAAUGGACACUCUCCAGGAUAUCUGAGCUACACAGACGGACGUUCAGACUCAAUAUCAAUCAGGCUGUCAAAUUACGACCCACCGCCAUCGUAUGAGGAAGUGGCUGGUGCAAAUGGCCCGAGGAGAAAGGAAGCGGCAAAUCACUCGGACCCACCGCCUCAAUAUGAAGACAUUGUGAAUAGCAUUUCAGUAACUCCUGUUACCACUAAAUGAAGCAGCGAGAAUUCUGGGCCCAUUCUUUUAAAGGGGAUGAGGAGGGAAGCCUAAUACCUUUUUAGCACUUUAUUGCAGCUUAAUUAUAUAUUUCCAAGAUUGGUAAUGCUAACACCACUUCCUCUUCCGUGUCCCAGAUUAGUUUUGUUCCACAUAUUCCCCCAGCCCUGGAAACAAUGCAGUCUUUGAUACGGUUGUGCAUACUUCCAGAGGUGCAAUUUCUGUCUUUCUAUAUUGCUGGAAGUGAUCUUGCAGCAGACCUAAAGGGCUCCCUAACCACAGGCACACACACACACACACACACAAAUCUAAAACCAAAAAAGGCCAAUAAUUUUUGUCCUUUUGCUUGUUGUGCUUUAUAAGCCACACCCAACAGAAACCAGUUAAGCCAGCUGGCAUAAAUGGUGAUAGCUGCCUCUGCCAAAGAGAGCACAUUGCCCUAAGUAAGGUUGAAACGUUUUGACAAAUAACACUUAGUACAGUUGUGAGAAAUGUGGUAAACUACUGAUUAAUUUUAGGUUCCAGCAAAAAAAAAAAAAAAAAGAGGCCUCUGCUCCUGAGGUGGAGUAUAAUAGUACUGCAUAUAUUUUUCCGAUUAUGCAAACUAGAAACACAUACUGAUAGUAAUUAAUUUUGUUCCUGUCUUCAGUGCAGCUAUAACAACCUAUCUGCCAGAGGAAAGGUUAAGAGACAAUAGAUUACAGGGGAAGGGAGCUUUUUCUGUGAUUGACAUAAGAUGUAAUAAGCCCUGUACAGAAGCUCUCUCUUUCCUACUUUCUGUGGGAAGUGUGUUGACUUGAGAGCCCAGUGUACUAAUUAUCCCAUGACCAGUGGGAGUAUACCUUAUCAGUAUUUUGUUGCAGUUCAAUGAAUUGUUCCACGUUUGUAUUCAUUUCAUAUUUUACACACUAUGAAAUGGCCUAUUGUUUUUUUUAGUAACAAUACUCAAUUCUGACCCGCCUGUGCUUUUUCACUUCACAGAGAUGCUGUUAAGAUCUGACUGGUCUCUUGUUUAUGCAUGCUGGCUUUUAAAAGCAGAUAAGAGGUGAUGCUUAAAUCACCAGAAAUCUAUAAACCAGAAACUUUAUUCCAAAAGCAGCGCUGAGAAAGUGCUGCUUCUCUUCGCCCACCCCUUUACCAGGGUUUCCCCCCUUUUUAAUAGCAGCUCUUAUUUCUCAAUGAGGGAGGGUAGGAAAAUGAGUGAGAAAUGUGAAGGUGGGGACCCUUGCCUGUACAUAUUUAUCUCUUAAAACCAAUUGUUUUGAGCCAUUCGUGGCGAACUACAACAGUACAUGAAGGUAAGAAGAGGGUGAUUUCCCCCCCUGUAACCUGGUGUCCUCCAGGUGUUUCAUAUUACAAGUUCUAUCAUCACUGACAAUUGACCAGGCUGGCUGGGGCUGGUGGGAGUUGUGGUCAAAAACAUCUGAUGGGCAGAAGAUUGUGCAGUGCUGCCCUAAAGCUUUUCAGUCUGGCUAACCAGACAAGAGUGACUCUGGCAACCUUUCUCAUACUUGGCCCCCCGUUUUCCUAAGCUGAAAUUGAAGGCAUUCUAUAGUGGUGAUUUGCAUAGAUUUGCCCAGAAAGUAAUCUCUUCUGAAGGCAGGUACGUCUACUGCAUUUCUGCAUUAUGGGUGUUAUUUGGAUCAUUCAGCCACUGUUAUUAAAUAAAUAUUACGCAGAGACCCAAGAGCAGUGUGUUUUACACAAGAGCAUCAGAGUGAUCAAAACUACACCCCCAGCGCAGAACCGCGGGCAAAUUACUUGCCUCUCUCACAGGGUCGUUGGCAAGAAGACAUGGCCACUGUCUCAAAGGAACGCUUUUAACAACUUAUUUCUCUCAACACACUUGUGAUUCUCUCACAGUCACAGUAGUUUGCGCUAACACAUAUUUUGGGAAUGACUGGUUGAUGUAUUCUUCAAGUUAAAACAGUAUAGGCACACUUUCAGAUUUGGAUUUAGCAUAUCGUAUGAAUGGAAGAAAGCUUAAAUUGUCGAACCUGUUAGAAAAUAGAAUUGUGGUUUCCCCCCCCCCCCACACACAACUCUCUUCAGCUUCCAUGUUGGCGGGAGGUGUUCUAUUGACAAUGGGUUGGAUCCAAGCAUAGUUGUGCUUGAAGCAGAGCCAGUGGAAUCAAUGGGACUCAGCUGUGACUGAAGUUCCACUGACUUCAAUGAGUCUUAAGUCUAGAUCCAACUCGCAAGGUGCAUAUGAUCUUAAACUUGAGGUCACCGAUCAUUGUGGUUACGCCAAGUGUACUAAGUAGAAUAAAAGUGGGGUGAUUAGCUGUAGGCCCAUGUGCACAUUCUCCUCCCCACACCCUGUUUUCUUUCCUGGCUACUAUAUCUCCUUUCUUGCUUCCCUGUGUGUUCCCAUUUUGUGUUUGCACUCAUUUCCCCAGUUUUUGGACUCUGGAUUCUGAGCCACAGUGGUAAUGUGAGUACAGAAUCAAGAAGCGGCCCUUCGUGUCUGUGUGUAUUUUUCAGAAGCAUUGUUCCAGAGCAAGAAGGGGCCUGUGUCUAUCCCUUUUUGGGUUCCAGCAAGGUGCAUUGCUUUUUGGCAGCAGUAACAACCAUGGUGGGGGGAUAAUUUUACCUUUCUGCUUCGGG